AUGGACAAGAAUCCCAUCCCUCGACAGGCCCGUCGCUCGAUAAUGAGAAUGUCCGCACGGGUUCCGGGCAAGCGUCCCAGAUCAGAAUUCGAGAAUCAUGGUAUUCAGGAAAACAACCCUGUACCGACCGAUACCACACCUUCUUCUCCGAGUGUGCGCCGGGCCACUCGACUUAUCAGGACCAAAGAGUGCCUUGCAUGUGGAGAAGACUUCCCGCAAUCCACGAUGAUAGUGGCACCAUGUUCACAUCUGUUCUGCAAACCAUGCGCUGACAAUCUUGUCAGCCUGGCGAUGAGAGAUGAAGUCUACUUCCCAGCUCGGUGUUGCGACACGACGAUCCCUGUUACUCUCAGCAACCGCUUCUCGAAGGAGGUAGUAACUCAGUAUCAGGCGAAGGGAGUCGAAUUCGCCAUACCUAGCCUCGGACGUGUUUACUGCAGUAGUGAGCUGUGCGCCACAUUCAUCCCACCGACACAAAUCGAUUCAGGGAUUGGCCACUGCAAACACUGCCUAACCGAUACAUGCAUCGCAUGCAAAGCGAAAGCUCACAAGGGAGCAUGUGCCCACAAGGAAGAAGACGUCCAGGGUGUCCUUCAAUUGGCCGAGAGCACAGGAUGGAAGCGCUGCAGCAAGUGCGGGCAUGUCAUCGAAAAGAGCAUGGGCUGCAAUCACAUGGUCUGUAUCUGUGGCCAUAGAUUUUGCUAUGCUUGUGGUAAAGAUGCCAUGAAAUCCUUGCAACCACCGAUGGGGCAGAAUACUUCAGCAAGAAAACUGCGAAGACUGUGGCAAGGAGGUACAGGGCUACAACAUCUUCAUUUGUCGCUUGUGUGCACACAUUGCUUGCCUCGCAUGUCGCCGCCAGCUCUAACGGACAUGAUCCUCAGAGUACCACAGAAAUUGGACGCUGAAAACACACGAGACGAAAUUAGAGCAUUCUUGAACAAGCUUGAUAUUGAAGUUGUGUAUCCAUGCGAUAUAGUCAUCGCGGGUACUACUAAGCGUUUAGACCAUCUAUCAUCGUGCUUCAAGAACCAGGGGCCAAUCUUUCUGAUACUCUGGGAGGCUGCGUUCAUCUUCAAGGAAGAUUUAUUGCGUGUUCACAAAAGUCUAAACAAGUUUUGCCAUCAUCGUCGUCCCCCCUCCGAGUCUAACAAACGACACAAGAUGUCAUCUUCAAGAUCAGCCGAUUGCACAUCCGCCAUGUCUAUUGGACAUGAAAAUUCCAGCGCGGCAAGCCAAGCCACUGUUGAUAGUGACUUGCCUCCUCUGAGUAGGGUAAACAGGUCUCAUAACCAUCCCGUCGAAGAGAGAAACCCGGAUAUCGCGCUUGAGAUGUGCGGUGGCUGCAUGGAAAAUGUUCCAAGAAACGAAACUGCCGUAAUGGCCUGCCGUCAUUCCUUUUGCCGACCCUGUUUAUCCGUCAUCAUCGAAAGAUCGCUCGACGGCAGUUCUGUCUUUCCACCGCGUUGCUGUGAAAUCCCACUCACAAGGAACUUUGUAUAUCCCCAUAUCAGCGCAGAGACUGGAAUGAGAUUCGAGGAGAAGCAGGUCAUAUACGAGACAUUGGAUCGUACCUACUGCAGCAACAUCGAAUGCCAGACAUUUAUCCCACCCAAGUCUACCAGGUUGGACAUAGGCCACUGUCCGUCAUGCACGCAGAGAACUUGUACGAGAUGCAAGAAUCCGGCACACAUGGGUCGCUGUGUCGUGGACAAGUCAAAGAACAAACUGUUGGCCUUGGCGAAGAAAAAGGGAUGGAAGCCCUGUCCCAGAUGUGGGCAGCUGAUUAAUAGAACAUCGGGCUGCAAACACAUCAUGUGUCCGUGCGGACAUGACUUCUGCUUUCAGUGUGGAGCGGACUACGCGGAGCAUAUUUGUCACGAGGAGGAAUCGUGCACUUGCCUUUGCAUCGACUUGCUCAUUGUUUCGGGACAUUGCGCCUUGAGUGCCAACCAGCCGUCAACCAGCCGUCAAAAAGCUGCCCACAGGCAAUUUUCGACUUGUGCCCUCAUCUUCCAUCCAGCUCCUGUUGAUCGUGACCACCUCAUCCCCCAACGCGACAACAAGAUGGACGAAUCAACGAUCUUCGCGAUGAGUGUUGCGCGGGCUGUCGAGGCCGAUGCAGCUCUUAUCGAGGAACUUCGACUAGAAGACCAGAUUGCGCGUGAUCGUAUGAUGGCGGAAACUCUAGAAACCGACCCCGAAGCGACUAUUGAGCCAUGCCAGUCUGCAAUCGAUGAAGAAACGUUUGAAACACUACGGCACUUCAAUGUCAUCACUACCAGCAACGCUGAAGAAACUGACAGUGGAGAAGAACGGACUACCGAUGGUACCCAGAAUGAUCAAGAAGCCCAACAGAUCCAGCUCGCUGCCCAUACAGACGACAUACAAGAAGACACUGUCGUUGACCAUGACACUAGCGACGACACUUCUGGUGACAAUCAAAUUGUCAAUGAUUGGCAAACCCCAGACCUUGAGAAUGAUGCUCAAGGAACCAACACUGUUCAAGACUGUGCCUGGUUGACUACAGACGAGUCAGCACAGGAACAACAGGAACCAGAUGAUCCGGGUGAAGUGCCAGUUCAGGAACAGGAACGGGAUACUGCACAGAAUGUCUUGACCGCUGUGGAAGAUUCCGCUGCUCCAGCCCAACCAACCGACAUUGCACUUGCCUCGGAAAUGAAACAGAACAAGUCUCGCUUUCCACCCAGGUGCUGUGAACCUCUUCCCGUCGAAGUAGGUGACUUUAUCACGCAGGAAAUGGUUGACAACUUCCAAAAGAAGGAGGUGGAAUUCUCGACUAAAAAUCCAACUUACUGCAGCGAUGCUGCGUGUGCGACCUUCAUUCCACCUCAGUCCAUCGAAGGCGGGAUCGGGCGCUGUCCCGAGUGCGAAAAGCAGACUUGUGUCCCCUGCAAACAACCCCUACAUGAGGGAAUCUGUCCUGAGGACAGUGCCUCACAAGAGGUUCUACGUCUAGGAGAGGCAGAGGGGUGGCAACGAUGCGAGGAGUGCAAGCACCUUAUUGACCUCAAAAUAGGUUGCUUCCACAUCACUUGCCCUUGCGGUCAUCAAUUUUGCUACCUCUGUGGAACCCGUUGGAAAACCUGCACAUGCCCCCAAUGGGAAGAAAACAGACUCGUCGAUGCCGCUGGGCAGCGUGUUGUGGAUGCAAGGGAGCGAGCGACUUUGAGCCUAGACUAUGUGUUGGUGCAUGUCACUGUCAUGAACGAUAACAUCUACGUGGGAAAAACCUGGUCUAUGUACCAGCCUACUCGUUAG